AUGAUUUCAACCCAUUUAAUAGGAGACAGUACUAUGUUCAAGAUUCUAUCUGAAUGCACUGCUACAAUGAGAAAGUCUCUUGAAGGUUUAGAUUACUACCUAGCAGAAGGAGUAAGAGCGUUUAAGGAGUUAGAGGAUGUUCUGGCAGAACUGCACAAGAUGGGAUCUAUCAGCCUUUCAGAUAACACUUUUAAACAACACAAAGAGUUAUUGCUAGAAUGUAAACGUUAUUUGAAAGUAGAUUAUAAGGUACACAUCUCAGAAACAUCAAAUAUUUCAGACCAUUGCAGAAAGUAUGCUCUUUCUAGUCAGGACCAGGACCACUUUCAGUCAUGUUGUGAUCAUGAUCAUGAUCAUGUUUGUGAGCACUGUGAACAGAUUUCAGAACUACUGCAUGCAAUAAGUAAGCUAGUGAAUGAAUGCCAGGUCUCAGAUAAAGAUAUUUACCUGUAUAAAUUUUAUCAGGCAAAAGAGAAGAUACUUAAUUGGAAAUGCCAUAUAAUCAGAUCUAGGAACCAGGGUGCUGCAAAAUCAGAUCUUCUUGAUUCAUUAGAAGAAUCUGAGGUUGUAAUUGUCCUUGAUUGGGCUAUGAAGUACUUGCCAAGACGGUACAGGGAAGACCAAUCAAAUUGGUAUGCCAAGAGAGGAAUUUCCUGGCAUAUCGGUGUCGCUUUCCGGAGAACAGGAGGAAACCUUCAGAGUCUUACAUUUGUGCAUAUAUUUCAUAGCCAGAUUUCACAAGAUUCAGUAACAACAACAUCUGUUAUUUUAGACAUAGUUGAGGACCUGAAUACAAAAUAUGAAGACAUUUCUAAGGUGCACUUGUGGUCUGACAAUGCAGGCUGUUACAAAUGUACAGAUACCAUCAAUGCAAUAGCCAUGAGUGGAAAAAUAGCAGCCUACAAUUUCUGUGAAGCGCAAGAUGGAAAGGGAGCUUGUGAUAGGACAGCAGCAACCCUAAAGGCAGGCAUAAGAAGAUAUAUUAACGAGGGCAACGAUGUUACUUCUGCUUCACAGAUGAAGAAGGCAAUUGAAUCCACAGUAAAAAAUGUUAAGUACAUUGUCAAAGUGGUUGAUUCCAAGACAGCUGUCAAAGAAAAAUCAUGUCCUAUCAACAUUCCUGCAAUUUCAUCUUUAAAUAAUUUUCUGUUUCUUGAUGAAGGAAUAAAAGUUUGGAGGCAUUUCAGCAUUGGAGAAGGCAAACUACUUCCUAAACCACCAAAUUACAGUGUGAACCUACCUCAACUGAAUAUUAUCAAUGAUUGCUUAAUCCCUGUUGACUUUCAUUCCUUGGGAAGACCAAACCCUAAAGUUGAAACAGCUGUGGAUCCAGUGUUGUCUGGAAUUUUUACAUGUGAAACAGAUGGAUGUGUCCAAAGUUUCAACACACAUAGAGAGCUUGAGGAGCACCACUUGGUAGAUAAGUGUGUUAUCACUGCUGAAAAACACCCCAAAUCUCAUAAAGUGCAGCUUUACGUAGAAAAGUUAAACAUUGCACAGAUAACACAAAGAGAUGUUGAAUUAGCUCCUGCCAAUGUAAUUGAAGGACAAAAUAGACAAGCCAUGGGUUGGGCACUGAAAGCCAGCAGACUUAACAAAAGGUUUAGUGAAAAACAAAAAAAGUAUCUGAUUGCAAAGUUUAACAUUGGGUUACAGACUGGAAACAAAGAAGAUCCUGACAGUGUAGCAGAAGAAAUGAAAUAUGCUACCCAGAAUGGUUCACGAAUUUUUUCUAGCACAGAAUUUUUGACACCUCUUCAGAUUUCAAGUUUUUUCUCCAGACACGCAAGGAAAACUGAUGCUUUGAGAGAGACUUUGCUUACUGAAGUGGAAAAUUCACUUACAACAUCAGUUUGACACAUAACAUUGUUCUAAAUAAUUUGUUGAAUGGUUCUUUUUAUUAAUCGAUAAAAUUAUGGAUGUCUUUUUUUAUUAGUACAAGAUGAGUAUAUCAUUGAGGAAAAGCUUUUUGCAAAACUUUGUUAUUUGUAUUUUAACUUGCCUAGCAAAAGGCAGAAGCAGGUCUAGCAGUUAAGUCACUCUGUCCGUAUGUUCAUCUGUAUAUCAUAUAUGUAGUUAUGCAAAAUAUCAAGAAAUUUGGAUUCUCAAAUUUUUAUAGGAGUUAUGUCCCUUUGAACUUUGAAAUUACUGAAAAUUAUCAUGCAUCAGCUUUUCAUUACAACUUCUCUUAAAUUACUUAACUGAAAUUAAAAAAACUUUGAAUGUAGAAAGAUCACCAUCAGCUGGGAUUCUCAGUGCCAGACAAUUUUUCUUUUUCUUAAAAAAUAUGAGUUUUUUUUUAGUGUUAUGGAAUGAUAAUUCAGAAUCUUGCAAUUUUAUAACUUACUCACAAAUGCCAUAUAAUUUUUUUUUAUUCACUUCAACAAUCCUUCAAUAAUGACCCUUUCAUAGUUUUUCUCUGCAUUACAUUAGGUUGAAUUUAUAAUCAUUUCAAAAGGAAGAAAUAUAAAGCUUAUUUACAUUAAAAACAUUACUGAAUUAGAGUAAGUGACGUUGGUCAGGAGAAGGCUAUUGCUCCUUGUUUAUAAUAAUGAUAUAACUUAUUGAUCAGUUGGAGGUGUUCAAAUUCAAUUUAUCAUUUCUGUUCAUAGUAUGAAAUGUGUGCUCAAGCUCUGUUUCACAAACAAUAUACUGGAAACAUUAUUGGUAAAACAUUUAUAUGUAUUUUUUGUGUGUGGUUUGGUAUGUUAUUUGUUUAUGUUUUGAUUUUGAUUUUUAACCCUCAUUGUAAUAAUGAAGAUAUAAUAUUUCUAUUUUAUUGGAGGAUUUGUCACAUGUCUGCUUGAAAGUUAGUUUUGUCAUGGUUUGUACAUAAACAUAUUAAUACAAGUUUCUCAAAUGAUCAUACUUUGAAUGACAAGACCUCAUUAAGAAUUGUAUAGGAACAAUUGAUGAAAAAAUCCCCCCCUCCCAAACCAUAUUUUUUCAUCUUUUUCAGCAAAUUUCCACUAAGAGAACAAACAUUUUGAUAAAAAGAUUAAAAUUGUUUAAUUGUGUUUUAAUCUAGUAACAGACACAAAUAUAAUAGGCUAUACAACUUGACUUGUAAAAAUAAGGUCUUUUUGGUAAAUUUAGCAUUUUUUUCGGUCAUUUUCCAGGGGUAGGGGAAGGUUUUCCAACUUUAAUUAGCAUCCUUACUUCAUUUUAGAUUUAAUUUUGGCAUUAUAGGAAAGGUGAAAGCCUGAUCUAUUGAGAAUAUGCAAAGUACCUAUGUUUUAUGCAUUUAGUGGUACAUACUAAUAAAAAAAUUGCCUUAAUCUGUAUUUGGCUAUUUUUCAGAAAGUGCCAUGGCAACAAUUUUCAAAGUUUUUUUUUUUUAAA